AUGACCGCACCAAAACCGAAUUGGUGGAAAGCGAGUACUUGCUAUCAGAUAUGGCCGGCUUCUUACAAAGACAGCAACGGUGAUGGAAUCGGUGACAUUCCUGGGAUUAUCAGCACAUUACCAUACCUGAAAGACCUUGGGAUCGAGACAAUAUGGCUCUCACCAAUGUAUGAUUCGCCCCAGAAGGACAUGGGCUACGACAUUUCAAACUACGAGGACAUCUAUCCUCCAUACGGAACCCUGGCUGAUAUGGAUGAACUAAUUGAGAAGUGCCACUCCCUCGGAAUGAAGCUGAUUCUCGACCUCGUUGUAAACCAUACAAGUGACCAGCACGCAUGGUUCAUCGAGUCUCGAAAGGACAAAACGAACCAAUACGCUGACUGGUAUAUCUGGCGUGACCCCAAGGUUAUCGACGGCAAACGACAUCCGCCCAACAACUGGCGAGCGACUUUUGGCGGCAGUGCCUGGGAAUACUGCGAGGAGCGCGACCAAUAUUAUCUUCAUCUCUUCGUCGCCGAGCAGCCGGAUCUCAACUGGGAGAACGAGGAAACCCGACGUGCAAUCUACAGGUCCGCCAUCGAGUUCUGGCUUGACAAAGGCAUAGAUGGAUUCCGCGUGGACACGGCAAAUCUGUACUCGAAGGAUACCUCGUACCCCGACGCUCCGAUAACUGCGCCCGGUGAGCCUACCCAAACCUCCUUUCAGUACUACAUAAACGGACCGCGAAUGCACGAAUGGCUCAAGGAGAUUCGCGAGUCAGUCCUCGACAAGUACGGUGAUGUGCUUAUGGUCGGGGAGCUACCUUUCACCGAACCGGAUGAGGUCCUGCGAUAUGUCUCGGCCGAGGCGAGAGAGUAUAGCUGUGUUUUCGACUUCGAUGUCGUCAUGCUUGGCAAUGACUACACAACGGGUGCGAAGAAGCAUCACACGGGAAAGCACACGCUGCCACAGUUCAAGGACGCCAUAGCAAAAUGCCAGCACAUGCUCAAGGGGACCGAUGCGUGGGCGACAGUGUUUUUGGAGAACCACGACCAGGGCCGGAGUCUGUCACGGUUCGCGACGGACAAGGAUGCGUUCCGCGAGCAGGCGGCGAAGAUGCUCGCCGUGCUGCUGUGCUGCCUGACCGGCACCUUGUUCAUCUACCAGGGCCAGGAGAUCGGCAUGUACAACCACCCGGAGCACUGGGGCAUCGAGGACAUCCGGGACAUUGACUCGGUCACCGCGUAUAACGACAUCAGGGAUCGCCAUGAGGGCGACGAGCUCUGGCUGAAGAAGGCCAUGAAGGGGAUCCAGGCCAUCGGCCGUGACAAUGCCCGCCUACCCGUUCACUGGGAUGCCUCCCACAACGCAGGCUUCACGACGGGCUCGCCCUGGAUCCGCGUGCAUGACGAGUACGAGAAGACCAACGUUGCCGAUCAACAGAAAGACCCGAAAUCGAUACUCAAUUUCUGGAAGAAGAUGAUCGCGCUGCGGAAGGACCACGCUGAUUUAUUGGUCUUUGGCAUGGACUUCGAAGUAUGGGAUCGCCAUGACCGCGACGUGUUCACGUUCACGAAAACCCAUCCGACCACCGGUGACAAGUUGCUCGUCUUCUUGAGCUUCUCCGAUGAGGCCCAGCCUUUGCAUUAUCCCACUGGGCUGAAGAACGUGAGUAAGCAGCUGUUGAUCAGCAAUGUCGAUGAGCUCGGCAAGUAUUUGUCGCCCUGGGAGGCACGCGCUUACUUGCUGAAAGAGACCAAAGUGAAUGGUGCUUAG